AUGAUGAGUAAACAUACUGAUACAAAUUUGAGGAUCGAUUCUCUUCCCCCAAGCGAAAACAACGAUGGGGAUAAAGCUAUUCUGACGACUGAGGGGGUUUUGAAGAAGUUUUUUUUAUUCCACAUAGAAAACUCAGCACAUAAGCAAGUAUUCGAGCAAUCCUUCUCGUCUGUAUGUUCGGAUCGUGAAGCCAAUAAGAGGGUAUCCAAGACCAUAACACCCAAAAAACCUGAUGAUAAUCACGCUGUAACAACAACAAAGCCAAUGCCAGAGUCCAAACCUACAAGCUCCAAGCGGUGCUUCUAUGAAGACAAUAAAGAACAAGAAGAAGGAAAGAAUAAGAAGAACAAAAGGAGAGUGAGGGUGCAAGCAGACCCAAUAACACCAAAGCUGCCCACAGAGUUCGAACAAAAAGUUAAGGGAGAGCUUAAAGGUUCAGAUGUGAAGCUUGUGAUUGAAAAGGAAUUGUUUAAGACUGAUAUGGAGAAACAUCAAAAUCGGCUUUUAAUACCAAGGGCUCAAGUAAAUGUUGAGUUUCUUACUGAGGAGGAAAAAGCGUCUUUGAAUGAAAAAAAAGGGAACCAUUACGUAGGCAUAGAGGUCCCAAUGAUAUACAGGAAGACAAAAGAAUUGGAAGCUCCAUUGAUGGAGCCAAGGCUUGACUCAUCGACCAUUUGGUUGAAGAAUUGGAAGUCGGGUAACAAAAACGCAUUGGUGUUGGCCUCUCCAUGGAUAAGAAUUGCAUCUGAAAACGGACUCGAGAUUGGCAAUAUUAUACAGCUUUGGUCUUUUAGAGUGAAGCAAGAGCUCCACAUGGCCCUCGUUAGGCUAUAG